AUGGGGGACAUGAAGACCCCCGACUUCGACGACCUGCUGGCGGCCUUCGACAUCCCCGACAUGGUGGACCCCAAGGCGGCCAUCGAGUCGGGGCACGACGAGCACGAGGGCCACGUCAAGGCCGCCGCCCACGCCGAGGACGACGGCCACGCCCCCUCCUCCUCCGACGUGGGGGUGAGCGUCAUCGUCAAGAACGUGCGCACCAUCGACCAGGCCGAGGGCGCCGCCGACAAGGACGGCCACCACGCGGCGGGCAACGGCCUGCACAACGGCUUCCUGAGCUCGGCGGCGCUCGAGGGCUACGGCAAAGACGAGGGGAAGGCGCUGAAAGGCGACGGCUCGGCCGCCGAGACGCCGCUGAAGGACUCGGCGUUCAACCAGUUCAGCCCCAUCUCCAGCGCCGAGGAGUUCGACGACGACGAGAGGAUCGAGGUGGACGACCCCCCGGACAAAGAGGAGGCGCGGGGAAGUUUCAGGGCCAACGUCCUGGCUCCGCAGGAAUACGACAAACUGAAGGCGCUGGGGGGGGAGAACCUGAUUAAAUCUGGAAUUCCUCUCUCCAACAGUCUGGAGAAAAACAAAGCGGCGAAACGGGAGGCGGAGACGAACUCCGUGAAUUUGAGCGUCUUCGAGCCUUUUAAAGCCCGAAAAGCAGAGGACAAAUUGCUGAAAGACAGCUCCGACAAGCUCCUGGAAAACAGAGCGCCGGAUGGGAAACCCAGUACCGAGAAGAGCGACGCGAAUCUCGCCAGCGUUUCCCAGGCCAAAGCGAAAUCAUCGGCAAAGCUCUCCUCCUGCAUCGCCGCCAUCGCGGCGCUGAGCGCUAAGAAGGCGGCUACUGACGGCGCUAAAGACUUACAGGCCAACUCAGGGGAGGCUUCUCCCUUACCGAAAGACACGAGCGAGAGUCCCCGGGCCGUCGAUAAGUCACCCGAGUCUCAGAGCCUCAUCGACGGCGCCAAGAAGCCGCCCGUCAAAGCCCCCGACAGUCCCAGGAGCGUGUCGAGCGAGAACAGCAGCAAAGGGUCGCCGUCUUCCCCCGCGGGCUCCACGCCGGCCAUUCCCAAGGUUCGCAUCAAAACCAUCAAGACGUCCUCGGGGGAGAUCAAGAGAACUGUGACCAGGGUGUUGCCGGAAGUCGAGCUGGACUCUGGGAGAAAGCCCGAGCAGAGCUCGCCCGCGGUGACGUCGGUGACGUCUCUGCUGUCCUCGCCGCCGUCCGCUGCCGUGCUGUCCUCUCCUCCCAGAGCCCCCCCGCAGUCCUCGGCGGUCGCCAGCGCGGUCGGCUCUCCGGAACUGGCCCCCAAGCAGGUCACCAUCAAACCCGUGGCCACGGCCUUCCUGCCCGUGUCGGCGGUGAAGACGGCGGGCUCGCAGGUGAUCAACCUGAAGCUGGCCAACAACACCACGGUGAAAGCCACCGUCAUCUCGGCCGCCUCGGUGCAGAGCGCCAGCAGCGCCAUCAUCAAAGCCGCCAACGCCAUCCAGCAGCAGACGGUGGUGGUGCCCGCCUCCAGCCUGGCCGGCGCCAAACUCGUGCCCAAGACGGUGCACCUGGCCAACCUGAACCUCCUGCCGCAGGGCGCCCAGGCCGCCUCCGAGCUGCGCCAGGUGCUCGCCAAACCCCAGCAGCAGAUCAAGCAGGCCAUCAUCUCCGCCGCCGCCGCCGCCUCCUCGCAGCCCUCCAAGAAAGUGUCGCGGGUGCAGGUGGUGUCGUCGCUGCAGAGCUCCGUGGUGGAGGCCUUCAACAAGGUGCUGAGCAGCGUCAACCCCGUGCCCGUCUACGUGCCCAACCUCAGCCCCCCCGCCAGCGCCGGCAUCACGCUGCCCACGCGGGGCUACAAGUGCCUGGAGUGCGGCGACUCCUUCGCCCUGGAGAAGAGCCUGAGCCAGCACUACGAGCGGCGCAGCGUGCGCAUCGAGGUCACCUGCAACCACUGCACCAAGAACCUGGUGUUCUACAACAAGUGCAGCCUGCUGUCGCACGCCCGCGGCCACAAGGAGAAGGGCGUGGUGAUGCAGUGCUCCCACCUGAUCCUCAAACCCGUGCCGGCCGAUCAGAUGAUCGCCGCUCCUCCCGGCGCCGCCGCCGCGCCGCAGAGCCCAGCGGGAUCCCUGGCCAAGGCGCAGCCCGGCUCGGCAGGCGCGGUGAUCUCCGCCCCGGCGAGCUCUCCCGUCGUUCCGGCCAUGCCGCUGGACGAAGAUCCCUCCAGACUCUGUAGGCACAGCCUGAAGUGCUUGGAGUGCAACGAGGUUUUCCAGGAGGAGACGUCUCUCGCCACUCACUUCCAGCAGGCGGCUGACGCCAGCGGACAAAAGACGUGCCCCAUCUGCCAGAUGCUGCUGCCCAACCAGUGCAGCUUCGCCUCGCACCAGCGGAUCCACCAGCACAAAUCUCCCUACACGUGCCCCGAGUGCGGAGCCAUCUGCAGGUCCGUCCACUUCCAGACCCACGUCACCAAGAACUGCCUGCACUACACCCGCAGAGUGGGCUUCCGCUGCCUGCACUGCAACGUCGUCUACUCCGACGUGGCGGCCCUCAAGUCCCACAUCCAAGGCUGUCACUGUGAGGUCUUCUACAAGUGUCCCAUCUGCCCCAUGGCCUUCAAAUCGGCGCCCAGCACCCACUCCCACGCCUACACCCAGCACCCCGGCAUCAAGAUCGGCGAGCCAAAAAUAAUAUAUAAAUGCUCUAUGUGUGACACUGUGUUUACUCUGCAACCUUUGCUCUAUCGCCACUUUGAUCAGCACGUUGAGAACCAGAAGGUGUCUGUUUUCAAGUGUCCCGACUGUUCCCUUCUCUAUGCCCAGAAACAGCUUAUGAUGGAUCACAUCAAGUCUAUGCACGGCACUCUGAAAAGCGUGGAGGGGCCGCCGAACCUGGGGAUCAAUCUGCCUCUCAGCACCAAACCCCCCCCUCAGAACUCCACCGGUCACAGCAAGGAGGACCCCAAAUCUGUCAAUGGAAUGGAGAGGCUGGAGAAACAAUCUCCAUCGCCCAUCAAGAGAGCGGAGGCCAAGAAAGUGGCCAGCCCCGGCUGGACGUGUUGGGAGUGCGACAGGUUAUUUACACAGAGGGAUGUUUACAUCUCCCACAUGAGGAAAGAGCACGGCAAGCAAAUGAAGAAACACCCGUGCCGCCAGUGCGACAAAUCCUUCAGCUCCUCCCACAGCUUGUGCCGCCACAACCGCAUCAAGCACAAAGGCAUCCGCAAGGUCUACACCUGCUCGCACUGCCCCGAUUCGAGGCGUACCUUCACCAAGAGGCUGAUGCUGGAGAAGCACAUCCAGCUGAUGCACGGCAUCAAGGACCCCGACGUGAAGGAGAUGGCCGAGGCUGCCGACGCGGAAGAGAGGGAGGUGAAGGAAGACACGAAGGUUCCCAGCCCCAAGCGGAAACUGGACGAGCCCCUCCUGGAGUUCCGGCCCCCGCGAGGCGCCAUCACCCAGCCCUUAAAGAAGCUGAAGAUCAACGUCUUCAAGGUGCACAAGUGCGCCGUGUGCGGCUUCACCACCGAGAACCUGCUGCAGUUCCACGAGCACAUCCCCCGCCACAAAUCCGACGGCUCGUCCUACCAGUGCCGCGAGUGCGGGCUGUGCUACACCUCCCACGUGUCCCUGUCCCGCCACCUCUUCAUCGUGCACAAGCUGAAGGAGCCGCAGCCGGCGGCCAAGCAGAACGGGGCGGGCGAGGAGGAGGAGGAGGAGAACCGGCGGGACAACAAACCCGACGGCCAGGGCGGGGGAGCCGCCGGCGGCGGCGGCGGCGGAGGCGGCGGCGGCGCCGCCGGCGACCGGCGCUGCAAGGUGUGCGCCAAGACUUUCGAGACCGAGGCCGCCCUCAACACCCACAUGAGGACGCACGGCAUGGCCUUCAUCAAGUCCAAGCGCAUGAGCUCGGCCGACAAGUGA